GAAAGAUCAUCAUAGCAUACAACUUAUGUUAUCAAGUAAUCAACAUGAAAAUCAACACAAGCAGUCAAUAACCAUUAUUCCGCGUAUUAUGAAAAAAGAGGAGUACCCGCGCACAGAAUUUGUUGUUUUUUAUCUGAGACUCCCUCAAUUUAUACAAGCGUGGUUUCCAAUUUUAUGUUACUCAUUCAUAAAUUGUUGUCGGAUACGGACAUAUACAAUUGAAGUGUUUGUUAUUAUUUUAUUUAAAUAAUUUGUGUUGUUGAAUAUAAAUAUAUUUUUAUAGUCAAAUCAAAAUCAUUCAGAAUGAUUUACUUGAAUACAAAUGAUCGUUGUCGAAUUUGUGCAUAUUUACCAUCGCCAAAAAUACGUUUAAUACAAGUGUUCAGUUACGAAGGAUUACAAAGGAAUUUACAACCGAAAUUACUGCAUUGUUUUAAAAUUUCUGUUAAAAAACACGAUACUUUACCAACAUCAGUUUGCGAAUUGUGCAUAUCACGAUUAGACACAUACUAUAAAUUAGUUAAAGACUAUUAUCACGGUCAAUUGUACUUAAAAGAUUUACAUCGUAGCAAUCAACAAAUCAACAUAAUGAUUCAACAGACAGAAAUAAAAACAGAACUGGAUGAUGAAAUGGAUAAAUCGUCAUCAGAAAAUUUAUUAUUCAUUAAAAAUGAACCAGAAGAUUCGACAACAUCUCAAGAAGCACCACUCCCUUCUACAUCAUCGCAAAAAUCAACUUCUAGUCUAUCAUCAUCAAAUAGUAGUGAAGAAACAAAUUUACCAUCAACAUCAACAUCAAUCGCAUCUGGUGGAAUACCCAUGAAAAUAUUAAAGAGAACAAAAAUUAUUCAAUGUCAAUUUUGUGAAAAAAAAUUUACACAUCGUGGUGAUUUUAAUAAGCAUUUGCGAAAACAUACCGGCGAACAGCCAUUUUCUUGUGAUGUGUGUCAUAAGAAAUUUGCACAUACAUCAAAUUUAAACCGCCAUCGACUAGUUCAUACUGGAGAGUUACCUUUUGAAUGUGAAAAAUGUCAUAAAAAAUUCAAUCGUAAAGAUAAAUUAGCAGCACAUAAACGAUGUCGUGCACAGCUAACACAAACUAAUUAAAUUAAUUAUUAAAAGUUGGUGCAUAAAUUCCGCAUGGACCAGAGAUCAGAAUCAAAAGCUGAUCACAAUGAGGAAAUUUCUUCAUUGCGUAAAAGAUCCGCAUACAUUAUUUUAAAAAGGAAAUUAAUUUUCUCAUAGAAGAAGUCAUCGAAUACUUAUAGUCCAAACGGCAGAAGUAUUUUUUGCUUUUGCCGAUAUUAUAAAAAUGCGCUUAAUGUACCUUAAAAUUAUGGCAGAAUUAUUCAAACUGUCGUUAGUUUAAAGAAAAUUGUGAUAUUAUUCACAAGACUGGUUUUGGAAAACUGAUAAGAUUUCAGUUGAUGGUAAACAGAUUUUUCUGUUCUUAUUUAUUAAUACGUAAUGUAUGAUAUACAUUUUGAUACUUAACGUAAUCAAAUCGAAAAAUACUAAAUUUUUCAAGUCAAUUUCUUAAAUUACACCUUUGAGAGAGAAUUUAAAGAUUGACAUGUAAGUACACUUAUAAUUCCGUGGAAUUUUUUUUGGAAUUAUGGUGUCUAUUAUAUUUUUAAUAGAAUUAUA